AUGGACCACACGGCCAGGAUCCAGCGUACCCACAGCUUUGCCGCCCAGGUGUCCCACCAGAGCGAGUUGACGCUCUUCGUCGACAACAUCGGCCCUGAUUGCUCGAAGGCCCAGGUUCUGCAAUGGCUCGACUCCAACGGUUUCCAGGACACCUAUGACUACCUCUACGUCCCCAGGUGCUUCAACACGCGCAAGAGCACGGGCCAGAUGUUCAUAAACUUUUUCGUCGUGGAUGUGGUCGACGAGUUCGUUGAGGCCAUAAAGACCGCCACAUUCGGGUCCCACCGCACCCUGAGGGUGCAGUUGUCCACGACGCAGGGCCUGGAGGCCAACAUGUCAAGGUGGGUCCGCGCGCGGGCCAAGCGCAUCCGUGACGCCGAGGUCCUGCCCUACGUCCGCACGCCCGACGGGUCGGGCGUGGCCCACCCCGCAGAGGCGCGGCGAGAGGCGGCGCUGGCGCCGAAAUGCAGCGAG